AUGACGCAAGGGCAACAGAGAGUCUUCAUACUAGGUUUUGGUUCUAUCGGUGUGCUUUUGGCAUCUCACCUGCAGCGAAAUGCUCAAUUUUCGGUUGUCCCGCUAUUGAGAUCAGAGAAAAGAUUAUCAGAUUUUGAAAAGCUGGGAAGAACUGCUAGCAUCAAGUCACUCUUUCAAACAGGACAGCCAACUGAUGAGUUUGAGUUUGCAGGAGCAACAUGUCCUGAACAUUUUCCUAAAGACUGGAAAAUUGACAAUUUGAUUAUCACCACCAAAACGUAUCAAACAAAAGAAGCUUUGGCGCCCUACAUGAAUUUCAUUCACCCACAAACCAACGUUAUGCUGGUGCAAAAUGGUCUGGGUGUUUUCGAAGUGCUCAAUGACGAGAUCUUCGUGGACUUUAAACCUAACCUAUUCCAGGGCGUAAUUUCGCAUGGUAUCUUCCAAACCUCUGGUUUUUCGUUUAGUCACGCUGGGUUCGGAGAUCUGAAGAUUUCUAGGCUACCCAGUGGUGACUCGAAUGGUAUUGUACAGUCCAAUACUUUUAUUAGGGAAGAUGCGACAAACAACUUCUUGCUACAAGUCUUGGCGCAACCAGAUUUCGUUAAGGGAUUGAACGCCGUUCAUAUGACGUACCAAGAGCUGCUUUUGGGACAAUUAGAGAAAUAUCUGGUCAAUGCUUGCAUCAAUCCGAUAACCUCGAUUGUGAACUGUAUCAACGGAGAAUUGAAAGAUAUUGCACGCCCAAUUUUUGACUCUAUCAUAGCAGAGGUUCUGGAGGUCUUCAAAAUUGCUUACAAGCCCUUGUUCGAUUACAAGCCUAAAGAUGCAGACUAUCCAAGUCUCGACGUUGCCGGAAUCCUCGGCCGCGAAAGGCUGUUGAACUUUGUUCUGAAGAUCGGUUGCGACAUAAACCGCAACAACAGCUCGUCGAUGAGACAAGACGUUGUUAACUUACGGGAAACGGAAGUGGCAUAUAUCAAUGGGUAUAUUGAGAAGCUCUGUAAACAGCUGGGGCUGGGUCCCGAGUACUAUAAAACCAAUCAAACCAUUGAGACACUGGUGAAUUUGAGAUUGGGGCUCAACAGGCACCGCGCGGGCCACGAGAAUGAUACAAAAUGA